CAAACAUAUAAAUACUUACAUAAACUAGUAUUAUGUACAUUAGAUGAUCAGUUGAGAUUAUAGUUUGUUUUUAAAUUUAUAUUUUAAACAUAAUUAAAUUAUAAUUAAUUAAUGUAAAGACAAAUUUGUAAAAAUAGAUUUCUUAGAUUGAUUUUAUACUCUUUUGGUAUCUAGUUAAGACCUUGUCCAUACGGAACAAAUGCGCCGCCAAUUAAGACACUAUUUUUAGUUUAUUGCUCUAAAGUCGUUACAAAUGUUUCUAAUACUCGCAUAGUAGAUCUAACUCUUAAUAGGAAUAUUUUUUAUUGUUGUCAUAGGUGGUGGGUACAGCUCACUGUGUCAAGUCCUUGUUCUCUCAACCGUUGGCCAUCACGCUACAAAGCGGCAAGUUUAUCAUCAGGGAGUAUGGCCAGUAUAUACUGGUGAGUUAAAUAACUUAGCCAUCAUUAAUAAAACUAUAAUUAAUUAAUCUUAUAUUAUCCAUAUAUUUUACAAAACAAGAAACAAUUUAAUAAAAUAAAUUACAAAUAAUUUCGUACCACUAUAUUAAUAUAAUUAUAUUGAACACUCUAUCAAUCAUUUAUGAAACCAGCACAUCUGUAACAUAAAUAAUAAGGAUGAUCCUGACACCAGCAAGCCAGAUACACGGAGUCGCUUCAACUUUUACAAGUACAUUCAGUUUCACCUCCGUAGCCGAGUGGUUCGCACGCCGGUUUACAAGGUGUCGCCAUCUCUGAGGUCGCAGGGUUCGAUUCCCGGUCGGGUCAAUGUAGUAAAUGAACUUUUCUAUAUUGACUCGGGUCUGGGUGUUGUGGUAUCUUCGUUGUCUCAGAUACUCCAUAAUACGUGGGCUUUAGCUACUCAUCUUGGAAUCUGAGCAAUGUAUGUAUUGUUUUUUAAUAUUUAUUAUUUAUUUAUAUAUUAACUAUGAUGCAUAUUCACUUUUACUAUCAAAUUUAACAUUACUUUGCCCCCAGGCCAUUGGCAGUGACCGUAACAUUCCUGAUUGGGUGCUAAAGAAUCGCGCCAACUUACUCACGUCCAUGAUAAAGGUCUACCACGGAGACCUCCAAGUCCUCGCCACACAGAUGGAAGACAGGAAACGUCUAGCUGAGAAGCUUUAUCAGAUAUUUGAGACAUACCUGCCUGUGUUGCAGUAUGGAUGUCAUAUAUUCCAAAGAGUGCCAAUGUUGAGUCUUCCUAAGAGUGCCACGUCGAUUUACAUGGAGGCAAUGCAAAUAUUAGAUCACUGUCGCAAGAGUAAAGGUGUGCUGGGCGGCGUCGUACUGUACAACAACAAAAUAAUCGCCACCCAGCUUCCUCCAAGUCUCACUUCAUAUUUAACAGUGGUAGAUCCAUAUCGGAUAAAGUCGCCAGCGGAGACACUCGAUACAGAGACCCCCUUACCGCUAGGUGCUCAGUUACUGGUGGUCUACAUAGGCAAGAAGACAUUUAACAAUCUGAAGCGUCAAGCGCAGAUAUUGCAAGAGUUCCAUGAUAACGGAGAGGAGAUGGUAGCUAAGUUUAAAAAGAAUCAAGAAGUAGAACGCGAAAAGCAACGGGAAUUUCCCCAAACGGGCAUGAAAAGGGACAAAUCUUUACUGUUCACCGCAGUGCCUGAAGAAGAUCACACUAUGAUUUCACCUCCGAACCGCGAUGACCAGCCGACCUUGAGUCAAGAACGGAAACCGAGCAUGCCCGACGUCGUCCCCUUCACCAACAAACCGCGGCAAAGACCCACCAAACUGUCGCUCAGCUUCAAAACACAGAAAUCUUUAGAGGAAGAUUGUAAGGAAAACGAAAAUGUGUUCACCGGUCAGACCAGCGUAUGUGGAACGCCCAUGGUGGAAUAUAAACGUCUACACGGAAAUAUGCUGUCGAUAUGCCGGCAGAACCCGGAAAAUCAACCCGAGAAACCGCCUGAACCGGACGUAUUGAAAAAUAUAGAGAACUGUGCGAAAAUCAAUUUAGAAAACGAAAAGAGGGACAACAAAAUUGUCUUGGACAUCAACUGUAUCGGUGACCAUUAUAUCAACAAACCGGACCCUCUAAGAAAGCUAGCCAGCGUCACUGAUAUACAGGAUACAUAUAAAAGGCUAUCAAACAGAACGACGUCCAGGUUUAAAUUGAAAAAGGCCAACGUACCCCUAAACGAUGACAUGACUCCGUCGCCCGAACGAGAGAUUCAAAAAGACCGGACGUCGCUAACUAUAAACGAUCCCUCAUUCCCUGUGUUUAGAAACGACGGCGUUGCCAUAUCAGAAUCUCUCUUCAACCAGUACAUAGAGCAGUAUUACGCACGAAUGAAGCAAGAGGCCAAAGAAGACAACAUGUUUACUUAUAAUAUGAAGCUGUGCGAACAAGAGAAGUUCGAAGAUUUUGACUCAGAAUUGAAUAGGUCUCCGCAAAGGACGCCUAAAAAGAUAGCCAAAGAAACCACUAAGACUGCGCCGGCCGACCAAUCCAGGCGAAAAUCGUUGUCUUUACCUUUAAAAUCACUGUCAGACAGUUCAGAUUCGCAAAUCGGAUCAGAUUCUGAGGCGACCAGUUUUAAGAAGAAACUGACUGGUGUGCAACUGACGCCGCUGAUGGAAAAACUGAGUCAUCUGGCGUUUUCAGACAAGUCCAGCGGUUACAGCAGUCGAGUAAUGACACCACUUGAACUUCGUGAAUUCCUCACGCCAGCUGCAGAGAGACAAGUCACAUUUACAGACAGACCUAAACCUCAAAGACAGGAGUCAGAAUCGGACUCCGAUUCCGAAGGUGAUAUAGAUCAGCUAGCGGAGUACGGUCAGAAUGCUGUCAAGUGUGCCUUGUUCGUGAGCGGUCUACACAAUAUGGCGCUAAUAUGUCUACUGCAACCAGAGCCAGAGCCUGACACUAUACAUGCACUGUGGGACACGUCGCUGAACGCCCUUGGUCCCAUAGAGCAGAAGUGCAUGGAGCCGCUGAGUGCGGGCGCGGGGGGGGAGUGCACCGAGUACAGUUACCUCACGCUGGACCCCGACUGGGGCACCGUCAACAAGGGAGGACCCUGGCCCGCGCUAGACAUCGCCACAAUGGGACUCAUACACAACGAGUUCUGUGAUGACCCGGAAUUAGCUGAAUUCAUAUUAAGGAGCGAGGAGAGCGUGGUGGUGGGGUGCCGGUGCGGGGGCGCGCAGGUGUACUACCAGGAGGCGGGGCCCCGCGCGCCCGGCCCGCCCCCGCCCUCCGACGCCCUCGCCGCCGCCACCCUGCGCGCCCGCCGCCGUCUGCUGCGCGACCACGCCACGCUCAUACUCUAGGGCACAGGUACUCGCCGCCGCCCGUCACCGGCGCAUAUCCAACGACAUCUCCGAACAUAAAAGAUGUUCGGCGCUAGGUUUACAAAAAAGCCGGGGAGCGUGAGCGGGCUACGGUCACACGCGUCAGCCGGUUUAUUUUGAAGCAUAACGACGGGUACACGCCUCGGCUUCCUGUUUGAAUCGUGUUUGAAAAUCAGUUAUUUUAAUAAUAAAAAUGAUUUUGUAUGAUGCACCUUAAUUUUGUCGAUUUGUGUAUAUUUCAUUAACCUUUUAUAAAAAAUUAGUGCAUCCUCUUCUUCUUCUUCUAAAAAUAAAAACCUUAAUAUUUUAUUGUUCAUUUUGCCCGCUAUAAACACGACAAUUCAAACAACGUUCAUAAUCGUGACUGAAUGCGACUAUAAUCUUAUUCACAUAGGAAGCUUCAAAUCCCAAACGUCACAGUACCCGUGCUAUGUAGAACGAACUAUACUAGAGAUGCUGUGACCGACGGCGGGUAGCGUAUCCGCCGACGCAUCUCCACACGUCAUCGGUUGCGUGCGACGGCUUACAAAUACUCGGACUGAGUAAAGUAGUGCAAUCACACUAAACGAUCAUGUUAUAAAUGAGAAGCAUUUUAUUCUUUCAUAUCGCACUGUAAAGACAAAGAUAGGAUUUUUAGUAUAGAAAUAGUUGGGCAGUAAAAGCUUAUUUCUCCUAUAAUUUUAAAAUACCUAUAGCGUAACAAAAUUACACUUUCUUGGUUAUCUUCUUUAGGCUCGUAGUAAUAAAUUUAAUA